CCAUUCAACCCACCUACGUUCCAACCUCGCUCUCCUCUCUUCGACCAUGGCGUAUCUCCUUUCUCGGUUUCAUUCCUCAUGCAACCGCCCCAUCCUUAUCCAAAGGAAAAUAUCAAAAUCCUAGAUGCUGUUAGAUGUUAGAAACUAGAGUCUAAUAUUACGCACAUCUUCUACGACAGAGAGGUGGAGGAAAAAAAAAGGGAAGAGAUGCGCAGAUAGAGAAAGAGAACAAAGAGAUAGAGGGAGACAAAGAUGACAUCGCCGACGAAGAAACCGCCGAUAAAAUUCGCCCGGCGGACGUCGAGCGGCCGCAUCAUGAGCCUCUCGCGCGACGACGACAUCAACCUGGGUAAUCCCGCGGAGCUGACCUCCACCUCCUCCGGCGGGGCCAGCGACUACGUCAACUACACCGUCCUCAUGCCCCCCACCCCCGACAACCAGCCCUCCGCCGCCGGCCCCACCACCUCCAAGCCCCACGACCUCCCCCCGCCCAACGGCGGGGCCAAGCGGCCGGGCCGGCUGGGCGGGGGCAGGGAGGAGGACGGCGGAGGCGGUGGCGUGGAUGAGGCCAAGUUGGAUCGGAGGAUGUCGGUGAUGAAGAACAACAAGUCGUUGCUGCUGAGGAGCGAGACGAGGGACUUCGACCACAACCGGUGGCUGUUCGAGACCAAGGGGACUUAUGGGAUCGGGAACGCGUUCUGGCCGCAGGACGAUGGUGGGUACGACGAUGAUGGGGUGGGGAUGAGUAUGUCCGACUUCAUCGACAAGCCCUGGAAGCCCCUCACCAGGAAAGUGAAGAUUCCUUCGGCUAUUCUCAGCCCUUACAGGUUGCUGGUGGUGUUCCGGCUGGUGUUCCUGUUUCUCUUCUUGUCAUGGCGAGUGCGGAACCCGAACGAGGAGGCCAUGUGGCUGUGGGCGCUGUCCAUCGUGUGCGAGAUCUGGUUCGCCUUCUCCUGGCUGCUGGACCAGCUCCCCAAGCUGAACCCCAUCAACCGCGCCGCCGACCUGCUGGCCCUCCGCGACAAGUUCGAGACCCCCUCCCCAGCCAACCCCCACGGCCGCUCCGAUCUCCCCGGCAUCGACGUCUUCAUCUCCACCGCCGACCCGGAGAAGGAGCCCCCCCUCGUCACCGCCAACACCAUCCUCUCCAUCCUCGCCACCGAGUACCCCGUCGAGAAGCUCUCCGUCUAUAUCUCCGACGACGGCGGCGCCCUCCUCACCUUCGAGGCCAUGGCCGAGGCCGCCUCCUUCGCGGAGGUCUGGGUCCCCUUCUGCCGCAAGCACAACAUCGAGCCCCGCAACCCGGAGAGCUACUUCGCCGUCCGCGGCGACCCCACCAAGAACAAGAAGCGCCCCGACUUCGUCAAGGACCGCCGCUGGAUCAAGCGCGAGUACGACGAGUUCAAGGUCCGCAUCAACGGCCUCCCCGACGCCAUCCGCCGCCGCUCCGACGCCCACAACACCCACGAAGAACGCCAGGAGCGCAAGCUCGCCAAGGAAAAAGGCCAGCCCCUCGAUUCCAUCAAAGUAACCAAAGCCGUCUGGAUGGCCGACGGCACACACUGGCCCGGCACCUGGGCCGUCCCCUCCCCCGACCACUCCAAGGGCGACCACGCCGGCAUCCUCCAGGUCAUGAUCAAGACCCCCCAUAACGAGCCCCACUACGGCGACCCCGGCGACCACCCAUACAUCGACCUCACCGGCGUCGACGUCCGCCUCCCCAUGUUCGUCUACGUCUCCCGCGAGAAGCGCCCCGGGUACGACCACAACAAGAAGGCCGGCGCCAUGAACGCCCUCGUCCGCGCCUCCGCCAUCCUCUCCAACGGCCCCUUCAUCCUCAACUUCGACUGCGACCACUACAUCUACAACUCCCUCGCCAUUCGCGAGGGCAUGUGCUACAUGAUGGACCGGGGCGGCGACCGCAUAUGCUACAUCCAGUUCCCGCAGCGCUUCGAGGGGAUCGACCCCUCCGACCGCUACGCCAACCACAAUACUGUCUUCUUCGACGGUAAUAUGCGCGCCCUCGACGGCCUCCAGGGCCCCAUGUACGUGGGCACGGGCUGCCUCUUCCGCCGCUUCGCGCUCUACGGCUUCAACCCCCCGCGGGCCAACGAGUACUCGGGCCUCUACGGGCAGUACAAGAACCCCGCCCCCCCGCCGCCCGAUGUCCGGGUGUCCGCUCACGAGCCGCCCGACGACCCCGCCGAGGCCCAGCCCCUCGCAGGGAACCCGGACCUCGGCAUGCCCCGCCGGUUCGGGAACUCCACAAUGUUCUGCGAGUCCAUCGCCGUCGCCGAGUUCCAGGGCCGCCCCCUCGCCGACCACCCCGCGGUCAAGAACGGCCGCCCUCCCGGCGCCCUCCUCGCUCCCCGCCCCCCUCUCGACGCCCCCACCGUCGCCGAAGCCGUCUCCGUCAUCUCCUGUUGGUACGAGGAUAAGACGGAGUGGGGGGAGAGGGUAGGGUGGAUAUACGGGUCGGUGACGGAGGACGUGGUGACGGGGUACAGGAUGCACAACAGGGGGUGGCGGUCGGUGUACUGCGUGACGAAGCGGGACGCUUUCCGGGGGACGGCGCCGAUCAACCUGACGGACCGGCUCCACCAGGUGCUCCGGUGGGCGACCGGCUCCGUGGAGAUCUUCUUCUCGAAGAACAACGCCUUCCUGGCGACCUCGCGCCUCAAGUUCCUCCAGCGCAUCGCCUACCUCAACGUCGGCAUCUACCCCUUCACCUCCAUUUUCCUUGUCAUCUACUGCCUCCUCCCGGCCUUCUCCCUCUUCUCCGGCCACUUCAUCGUCCAGACCCUCAACGUCUCCUUCCUCGUCUACCUCCUCUUCAUCACCAUCACCCUCACCCUCCUCGCUCUCCUCGAAGUCAAGUGGUCGGGCAUCGCGCUGGAGGAGUGGUGGCGGAACGAGCAGUUCUGGGUCAUCGGCGGCACCAGCGCCCACCUCGCCGCCGUUCUGCAGGGCCUUCUGAAGGUCAUCGCUGGCAUCGAGAUCUCCUUCACGCUCACCUCCAAGUCCGCCAACGAGGACGAGGACGACAUCUACGCCGACCUUUACGUCAUCAAGUGGACGAGCUUGUUCAUACCGCCGCUGACGAUAAUAGUGAUCAAUUUGGUGGCGGUGGUGGUGGGGUUCUCGCGGACGGUGUACAGCGAGAUCCCGGAGUGGAGCAAGUUGAUGGGCGGCUUGUUCUUUAGCUUCUGGGUGCUGGCCCAUAUGUACCCCUUCGCCAAGGGCCUCAUGGGGAGGAGGGGAAGGGUCCCCACCAUUGUCUACGUCUGGGCCGGCCUUCUUUCCAUCACCUUAUCGCUGAUGUGGAUUACCGUCAACCCGCCCAACGGGAGGGGUUCUCAGAUGGACAAAUGAGCCCAAAUGGACCAAAAACAAGUACACACACUCUCUCUUUUUUUUUCCUCCCCAUAAUCUGUUUCGAUCUUGGCAAACAGUGGAGGAAGUUGACACGAAGAUGGUAUGAUUUGAUUUACAAAACAAUUUCUGUGGUGUAAUUUUUUGGAAUUUUCUAAUCACUGUUCCAUUGUUAUCUACUAAGAGACCUUGUAGAAAAUUUUACUCAUCUGACCUUUUUAUUGAGAGAAAAUGAAAUUAGGUAAUAGAUCUCUAA